UGCUUUCACAAAUAAGACAACUAUAGCCACAUUUUAUUUUAAUUCUACUUUUUUUUUUAUAUAUAUAUACACAUAUUAAUAUACAUACACAUAUUUAUAUCUAUUUUGGACAUUUAUUUUUAUAAAAGAAAAAAUUCAUUAAACCAAACAUGGAGGAAAUUGGCAUUCAUAUUAAAUCUGAGCAUCAAACAAAAGAAUCAAAUAAUCUUCUUCCUAAAAUCACUCAAUUAGAAGAAUUAUCGGAAAAAGAUUUAUAUGUUAAAUUAAAAAAACUUCAAAGAGAUUUAGAAUUCAUUGAACUUCAAGAGGAAUAUAUUAAGGAUGAACAAAAGAAUUUAAAGAGAGAAUUAGUGAGAGCACAGGAAGAAGUAAAGCGAAUUAAAUCAGUCCCUCUUGUGCUUGGUCAGUUUCUCGAAAUCAUUGAUCAACAUACUGGUAUUGUGGGCUCUACAACUGGUUCCAACUACGUUGUACGUAUUCUCAGCACUAUUGAUCGAGAGUUGUUGAAGCCAAAUUCUACUGUUGCCUUACAUCGUCAUUCAAAUGCUCUUGUUGAUGUUUUGCCACCAGAAGCUGAUAGUAGUAUUGCACUUUUAGGAGCUGAUGAAAAACCUGAAGUUUCAUAUUCGGAUGUUGGUGGUUUAGAUAUCCAAAAACAAGAAAUUCGUGAAGCAGUUGAAUUACCUUUAACACACUUUGACCUCUAUCGUCAAAUCGGUAUCGAUCCUCCUCGUGGUGUACUUUUAUAUGGACCUCCAGGUACAGGAAAGACAAUGCUCGUCAAGGCUGUUGCACAUCAUACAACCGCCAGUUUUAUUCGUGUAGUUGGUUCUGAAUUUGUUCAAAAAUACCUUGGUGAAGGUCCUCGUAUGGUUCGUGAUGUGUUUAGAUUGGCUCGUGAAAAUUCACCUUCUAUUGUCUUUAUUGAUGAAAUUGAUGCUAUUGCUACUAAACGUUUUGAUGCACAGACUGGUGCUGAUAGAGAAGUGCAACGUAUUUUACUUGAAUUACUUAAUCAAAUGGAUGGUUUUGAUCAAACGUCAAAUGUAAAGGUCAUCAUGGCUACGAAUCGUGCAGAUACUCUAGAUCCAGCUUUGUUACGUCCUGGUCGUCUUGAUAGAAAGAUUGAAUUCCCUACACCUGAUCGUCGUCAGAAACGUCUUAUUUUCCAAACUAUCACAUCAAAGAUGAAUUUAUCUGAAGAAGUUGAUUUAGAAGAAUUUGUUUCACGACCUGAUAAAUUAUCUGGUGCAGAAAUUGCAGCAAUUUGUCAGGAAGCUGGUAUGCAUGCAGUUAGAAAGAACCGUUAUGUUAUUCUAAGUAAGGAUUUGGAGAAGGGCUAUAAGGCUAAUGUUAAAAAGGAAGACUCCAACUUUGAAUUCUAUAAAUAAUAAUGUUAAUAAUAAUAAUAAAAACAAUACAUUUUAUGUAUAUAUUCAUAUUAA